GUGUCCCUCCCGGGCCCCGGGCCGCCCCCGGCUGUGGCCCCCUGCGCUGCCCCGGGGGACAGGACCCUCGGAAAGGAUGGAGCGGCAGCCGGCGGUGACGAUGCUGCUCCUGGGCCUGGGCCUGGGGCUGGGGCUGGGGCUGGGGUCGGAGCCGGGGCUGGGGCCGGGCUCGGGGCUCGGCCCGGACGUCCAGGAGGCGGCAGGGGGGCUCGGUGUCACCCCGGACCGGCCGAGUCUCAGCAUCCAGAAGGACAUGCUCACCGUCAUGGUCAACGCGACUCUGCAGAUCACCUGCAGGGGCCAAAGAGAUCUGGACUGGCUGUGGCCAAACAACCACAGUAGCCCCGAAAACCGGGUCGAGGUGACCGAAUGCAGCGACGGCCCCUUCUGCAAGACGCUCACCAUUGCCAAAGUGGCGGGAAACGAUACCGGAGCCUACAGGUGCCUCUACCGAGACGUCCAGCUGGAGGCCAGCAUUUACGUCUACGUUCAAGAUUACAGGUCGCCGUUCACCACUUCCGUGAGCGACCAGCACACCGUCAUCUACAUCACCGAGAACAAGAACAAGACGGUGGUCGUCCCGUGUCUCGGCUCCACAGCCAACCUCAACGUGUCGCUGUACGCGAGGUACCCCGAAAAACGGUUCAUUCCGGACGGCGACAAGAUUUCCUGGGACAGACGGACGGGGUUCACCAUCCCCAGCUACAUGAUCAGCUACGCCGGCAUGGUCUCCUGCGAAGCCAAGAUCAACGAAGAGAGCUAUCAGUCCCGCAUGUUCAUUGUCGCGGUUGUAGGGUACAAGAUUUACGAGUUGGCCCUGACCCCCUCACCCCGGGUGGAGCUGGCCGUGGGAGAGAAACUCGUCCUCAACUGCACAGCCAAGACUGAGCCAAACGUCGGGAUCGACUUCCGCUGGGAAUAUCCGUCGGCCAAGUUUCAGGCCAGGAAGCCGGUGACACGAGACCUGAAGACGCACAUGGGGAGCGAGCUGAAGAAGUUCCUGAGCACGCUGACCAUCGACCGCGUGGCCCGGGCCGACCAGGGCUACUACAUCUGCGUGGCGUCCAGCGGGCUGAUGACCAAGAACGACACCACGUUCGUCACCGUCCACGAAAAACCCUUCAUUGCCUUCGACAGCCGGAUGGAGUCCCUGGCGGAAGUCAAGGUCGGAGAGCGGGUGCGAAUCCCCGCACGGUUCAUCGGGUACCCUCCUCCGGAAAUCAAAUGGUACAAGAACGGGAGAGUCAUCAACUCCAACCCCACCGUGCGCGUGGGUCCCGUGCUCACGAUCGUCGAAGCGAGCGAAAGGGAUGCGGGGAAUUACACCGUCACCCUCACCAACCCCGUCACCAAGGAACGACAGAGUCACGAGGUCUCCCUGAUGGUGAACGUCCCCCCGCAGAUUGGCGAGAAGUUGCUGGUUGCCCCCGUGGAUUCCUACCCCUACGGCACCACGCAGACGCUGACCUGCACGGUCUAUGCCGUACCACCCCCCAUCCACAUCCGCUGGUUCUGGCAGCUGGAGGAAGACUGCACCUUCAACCCCAGCUCCGUGGGGCUAGCGAGCCAGCCCUACGCCUGCAGAGAGUGGAGAAACAUAACCGACAGCAACGGGGGCAACCGGAUCAAGGUCAACAAGAACCAGUUUGUCGUGAUCGACAACAAGAACAAGACGGUGAGCACCCUGGUGAUCCAGACGGCGAACGUGUCCGCGUUGUACAAGUGCGAAGCUGUGAACAGAGCCGGCAGGGGAGAGAGAGUCAUCUCCUUCCAUGUGACCAGGGGUCUGGAGAUCCGUGUGGACCCCAGGAAUCGCCCCAUCGAACGGGAGAACGUCUCCUUGGUGUGCGCGGCGGACACGUCCACCUUCCAGAGCCUCGGCUGGUACAGGCUGAGCCUGCGGGCGUCUCAGCCGGCCAGGGCUCGCUUCCCCCUGCCCGUCUGCAAGAACCCCAACGCCCUGCUGAAGCUCAGGGCCACGAAAUUCACCAAUACCACCAGUAGCAAGGUGGUCCUGGACCUCCACAACAUCUCCCUGCAUGACCAGGGGGACUACGUCUGCCUGGCCCAGGACAAGAAGACCAGGAAACUGCACUGUGUUGUCCGGCACCUCGCCAUUCAAGAGCGGGUGGCACCCACCAUCGUGGGCGACCUGGAGAACCAGACGGCGAGCAUCGGGGAAACCAUCGAGGCGUCCUGUUCCGCGUCGGGGAUUCCCCCUCCUCAGAUCACCUGGUUUAAAGACAACGAAACGCUCGUCGAGGACUCGGGGAUCGUGCUGAAGGACGGAAACCAGAACCUGACCAUCCGCAGGGUGAGGAAGGAAGAUGGUGGCCUCUACAGCUGCCAGGCUUGCAACGUCCUGGGGUGCGCCAAGGCUGAGAUCAUCUUCUUCGUGGAAGGUGUCCAGGAGAAGACCAACCUGGAGCUGGUGAUUCUGGUGGGCACGGCCGUGAUCGCCAUGUUCUUCUGGCUACUUCUGGUCGUCGUCCUGCGCACCAUCAAACGGGCCAACGGCGGGGAGCUGAAGGCCGGCUACCUGUCGAUCGUCAUGGACUCGGACGAGCUUCCCCUGGACGAGCACUGUGACCGCCUCCCCUACGACGCCAGCAAAUGGGAGUUCCCCCGAGACCGGCUGAAGCUGGGGAGACCCCUUGGCCGCGGGGCCUUCGGCCAAGUUAUCGAAGCUGACGCCUUUGGGAUCAGCAAGGUGGCAACGUGCAAAACCGUCGCGGUCAAGAUGCUGAAAGAGGGGGCCACCCACAGCGAGCACCGGGCGCUCAUGUCCGAGCUGAAGAUCCUCGUCCACAUCGGCCACCACCUCAAUGUUGUCAAUCUCCUCGGUGCCUGUACCAAGCCGGGAGGUCCACUGAUGGUGAUCGUGGAAUACUGCAAGUUUGGCAACCUGUCGACCUAUCUGAGGAGCAAGAGGAGCGAGUUUGUCAUGUACAAGAACAAGAGCUCGCGCUUCCGGCAGGUGAAGGACCACUACGUGGGGGAGAUCCCCGGGGACCCGAAACCCCGCCUGGAUAGCAUCACCAGCAGCCAGAGCUCGGCCAGCUCGGGGUUCGUGGAGGAGAGGUCGCUCAGCGACGUGGAGGAGGAGGAAGCUCCUGAGGACCCGAGCAAGGCAUCCCUGAGCUUGGAACAUCUCAUCUGCUACAGCUUCCAGGUGGCCAAAGGGAUGGAGUUCCUAGCCUCCCGCAAGUGCAUCCACCGUGACCUGGCCGCCCGCAACAUCCUCCUGUCCGAGAAGAACGUCGUCAAGAUCUGUGACUUCGGUCUGGCCCGCGACAUCUACAAGGACCCCGACUACGUCCGGAAGGGAGAUGCCCGCCUGCCCCUCAAGUGGAUGGCCCCCGAGACCAUCUUUGACCGCGUAUGCACGAUCCAGAGCGACGUGUGGUCCUUCGGAGUGCUGCUUUGGGAAAUCUUCUCCUUGGGGGCCUCCCCGUACCCCGGCGUGAAGAUCGACGAAGACUUUUGCCGUCGGCUGAAGGAAGGCACACGGAUGCGGCCACCCGAAUACGCCACGCCGGAAAUGUACCAGACCAUGCUGGACUGCUGGCACGGGGAGCCCAAGCAGCGACCCACGUUCUCAGAGCUGGUGGAGCACUUGGGAAACUUGCUGCAAGCCAACGCGCGCCAGGAUGGCAAAGACUACAUCGUCCUCCCUAUAUCCGAGGUGCUCAGCAUGGAAGAGGAUUCCGGGCUGUCCUUGCCCACCUCACCUGUUUCCUGUACAGAGGAAGAGGAAGCAGGCGACCCCAAGUUCCAUUAUGACAACGCGGCCGGAAUGAGUCAAUAUCUGCAAGGGAGCAAAAGAAAGAGCCGACCAGCAAGUGUCAAAACGUUUGAGGACAUUCCCUUGGAGCCAGAGAUAAAAAUCAUUCCAGACGACAAUCAGACGGACAGCGGGAUGGUCCUGGCCUCGGAGGAACUGACGACUUUGGAAGACAGAAACAAGCUCACAGCCUCCUUUAGCAGCGGGCUGGUGCCCAGCCAAAGCAAGGAGUCGGUGAUGUCCAAGGCGUCCAACCAGACCAGCGGCUACCAGUCCGGCUAUCACUCGGACGACACGGACACCACGGUGUACUCCGGCGAGGAGACUGAACUCUCGCAUCCCGGGGCAGCGGCCUCUCAGGCCGGCCGGGCUCCUCCGCUCCCGCCGGCCUCCUGUUGAGCUCGCCCCUUCCCUUCCCUGCGUAAGAUGUGGAAGAGGAGCCACGUGCUCGCCCUUCCCACUCCCCACCGGCCAUCCCAGCGACUGACCCCAUGACCCCCGGGCUGGACGACCGCCGUUUCCACGACGAAGGGACCUUCCGCGUUGGCGUCCCUCUCAUGGGCCGGAGCCGAAGAGCCAGGGAAGGGCCUGGAAAACCAGGAAGCUCACGGGUGGGGCCCGAGGGUUCGUCCUGCCAUCUGCUGCCCCUCACCACCUCUGCCCAGUGGGGUUCUUGGCAGCUCUAACCAAACGGGAGGCCGGAGGCUCCCAGGCCAAGGGACUUGCCCUGGACUAGGGGUCCGGCUCCGGGAAGGAAGCCCCCAGCCCCUCCUUCAUUGAUUUAGAGGGACCACAGGGCCGAAGCCACGGGGCUUCCAGAGGCCCCCCAAGCAGGAGGGACAGACGGGCCACAUCUGGAUGGAGGCAUGGGGCAGUGGUGGCACUUCUGGUGAGCAUCAGUCCAGUUUCAGGUGGCCACCUUCCCGGGCUCUUCGGCCAGCUCACCGUGGCCGAACAAGCCAACGUGGCCGUAGCCACGUCUCCGCUCUGCGGCUCCCUACGAACCGUCUUGUGCCCCCUCUCCCCAGGAGCGAUUAGCCAAGCUGUAAACCAGCCCCGGCAGCCCGACCCCCACCCAUCGUCAAAUCUGUAACCCGCAAAGCCGUUCCUACUGGGCGGGGGCUGCCCUUCUCCUUGAUCUGUUCUUAGUCUUCUUAAAAUGAAAAAAACAAAAGUGUUUUUUGUACCAUAGUGUUAAAUGCCAGAAAUCAAAACAACAACAAGCAAUAUGGCACAUACUGUAUUUAUAGCCUGUUA